UUGAUUUAGCACGGCAAUAUUGACACUGUCGUUGACUCCACAGUCCUCGCUCACACAAAUUGGGAACCCCGACAGCAGCAGCCCGCCGCCGCCCGCCUGAACCGUGGAAAUGGGCAAGAAAGCCAUCCGAUACGCCGUGGUGGAUGCAUUCGCCGGGGAGCCGUUCAAGGGGAACCCUGCCGCGGUGUGCCUCCUCGAGGAGGAGCACGCCGCCGAGGUCGCGGACGAGCGCUGGAUGCAGUCCGUCGCCGCCGAGUUCAACCUCUCCGAGACCGCCUUCCUCGCCCGCGACUCCUCCCGCGCAGGCGCCGCCGCCCCGCGGUUCCACCUCCGAUGGUUCACCCCCGUCGCUGAAGUCGAGCUCUGCGGGCACGCUACUCUGGCCUCUGCCCACUUCCUCUUCACGACCGUUCUUGCGGAUCAUGGCGUGGUUGAGUUCAUGACCAUGUCCGGGAUCCUAACUGCCAGAAAAGUUCCUGCAUCAGAUAGCACCGGUGUCCUUGGUGAGGAGCAGGCGAAGCCAUUUAUCGAGCUAGAUUUCCCCAUGAUUGAUUUCGUGGAUUGCAACUCCUCCGACAAGACACCAUCGAUCCCCAAGACCCUAAAUGGCGCAUCGAUCGUCAGUGUUCACGAAUCGGCGAUGGACGGCGACCUCAUUUUUCGCUUGGUUUUCAGGUGGAACUUUUGUCAGGAAAAGAGGUUGUUGAUAUGCUUCCCAACACCGACGAAAUUAGAAGAUUGGUCUGCAGGGGUCUUAUUGUUACAGGACCAACACCUGCUGGAUCUGGUUAUGAUUUCUUCACGCGCUACUUCAGCCCAAAAUUUGGGAUAGAUGAGGUGACGCCUUUUCGUAGUCUAACGUUGUGCUAUAUGGAAAUCACGAAGCCUGUUUAACUUACCACAUCAUCAACAACUUCAGGGCCAAAACCUUAGCUAAUUAUAAGAAAAUCGGUGAGCAAAUGUCUCUCCCUCCCAUAUGCUACAUCUUCCAAUCUGAAAUCUGAAUACAGUGGUCCUGUAGAGCAGCAGAGUUGUGUACCUCCUGCAUGUUUUCAACCUUGCUUGUCCUAGAUAUCAAUGAAUAUCAUCAUGAAUUCUUUCUUCAGUUAAUCGUAUCUACAUUCAUAAUAUCGGCUAGCACCUAGCAGGGUGAAUGUCAUGGGCACACACCAAACCCCAAGCACAAGUUAUGGAUAGAUUUUACUAUUCAGACGUAUAGCGUGUGGUACUGUGCAAGGGAUCCUUAUCUCAUCCAAUCAAAGGAAGAAAUAAGGAUCUCAAGUAUAAGAUAGCUAUAGAAAUAGUUAGGAAACAUGGAUAGUGAUAAGAUUGUUUCUUUUCAAUUAGCGAUAGUUCCAAGUUUAGGGGUUAGCUUCUUAGUCAUCAAGCCAAAGUGUGCCCUAUACUCUAACCAUGCCGGGGAUUGGUCCUUGAUGGCAGCUAGAUGAGAGCAAUUGCCAUAUUCCUGGUCACCGGAUAUUUACCAAUUUUAGCACAUAACAUGGAGCUUCUUUGCAAGAUAUUUGAUCUGGCAUUAUGUGCAAGAUAGCAUUAGGUGAUAUCCGAAAAGAUAAAUAUUAUUUAGAUCUGCAGGAGAUUAAUUUAAAUAGCAAAGAGAUGAAGUUAGAGUU